GCUACCACAGGGGCUAGUGUCGUGCACCUGACGUUAACAGUUGCUUAGCAACUGCUAUAGCUUCUGUUUCCUUGAGCGAAGCAAACACUCGAGCUGGUUGUGCUGUCAUAGCUGUCUUUAAAAGGUUCGGAAUUGUAACUUGGUCGCGUCGUCUAGGGAGGAACAAAUAAUAGAUUACCAUGGUGUGGUUUCUAAUUCCCAGCUAGAAAAAUUGCGCUCAACCAUCACGUGUGGACGGCUGGAAAUACAGUCUUACUUGUGAGGGUUGCUGUGUUUGCCACCUGUAAGUUGUAACAAAAUAAAUAGGGAGCCUCACUUUUAACGAAAACCAUUACCGAAUCUCAAUGAAAACGAAGAGAUGGAAUACUAGUGGUGUUUCUUGGGAAAUAAUAUCCAAUAAGAUACCGAAUACACCCGCAACCAAUAGCGUGAAAGUAAAAAGAACCCCCUGGCUUCCAGUGAUGCUACUUUUGGCUGGAAUCUGAAACAACGACCUCUCUGGCGGUAGUCUGUGCUGAAACCUGCCGUUAUUGACAUAAUCAAUGAGCAUAUAAAGAGGUUGCACCAUUUUCCAGCUCCGAACUAAGAUGCUCGCUGCAAAUAGAAGUUGUCAAUAACUCUUAACCAAUCUACUCGCCAUCUGACAAAUUCAGUAUCAAGUCUUGGAAUAAGCACAGUUAAAAAGCCACGUGUGUAUGUAUUGUGUGGGUGUGUUUUCAUCAGCUUUGCUGGGCUGGCUAAGUGAUAGACGGUUUUAAUUAAAUAAACGUCAUGUUACCAAGGUAAGCUGUAAAAAAUCAACAAAAAAGAAAUGACAUGUCCAGUCAGCAUCAUUGUCCUCUGUAUAUGAACGUAUGGUGUUUUCCUUGAUCAAAAAAAUCCCACAUCAGUAUACAAACUGAAUUAUAUGCACGAUUCUGAAAGGUUGGCUCUUGAAAGAAGUGAUCUUUUAUUUGAAUGACAGGAUUACAAGGAACCAUGGUUAAUAACUUGUCGAUAUAACACUCCUUAGCUGUAGACAGCCAACUCUCCGAGGGGAAAAAAGCAUUACAAAAACCUUCGUCAGCGCUUCUCCAAGAAAAACUCAUCUGGUUCCGGAAACACCAGGAACUGUAUCCGUACAUUUUUAUUCAUUGACUAUCAAAAUAUUUCAUCUUCCUAACCGGACACUGAAGAGGUCACUCUACUCAGAACUACUACAGACGGACAUCACCUGCUUGUCCAGACAUCUCGACGUAAGGCACCCCUAGAUGUCCUUGGACAGUAGAAGCGGGACGGAAGUCAGUUUUGACCCGUCAACCCCUGGAAACAAAUUCGGUCACAGCCAGCCAUAUAUCUGGAGUUCCAUGGGGGCUAGCUUCUCAUUCUUGUCAAUUUACCAGCGGCUAAUUCGGAUGAUUCGCAGAGCAUGGUCAGGCCGAAUACAAAACCAAACAGAAGAUUUAGAGACGACAGUUGUGCGCUGUAAACCAGACGGAAUCGAAACCCUCUGUCGAACGACAAAGUUUAGUAAAAAAGAGCUAAAAUUCAUGUACCAAGGAUUUAAACAGGUUAUUCAUCGAACGAAUCUCGUUUUUGUUUGUUUUUCAGAAGCAGGCCAGUAUGCUCAUUACGUGUUCAAGGCUUUCGACCAGGACCAUAAUGGUACAAUUAGCUUUCAGUGCUUUCAGACAGGCCUUUCAACACUAAAAAUGGAAAAGCUUCAGUGGACUUUCCAUCUAUACGAUAUUAAUGGUGAUGGGUGCAUCAGUCGGGAGGAGAUGGCAGAUAUCAUAAUUUCCAUCUACAACUUAAUGGGCCAGUUUGCAGAGCCCUCUGUUGACGAGACUUCGGCACGCGAACACGCAGAAAGAGUAUUUCAGAGAUUGGACCUGAAUAAAGAUGGCGUAGUUACGUUUGAUGAAUUCGUGGAAACAUGCUUAAAGGAUGAAAACAUCAUCAAAUCACUUAAUCUACUCGAUACCGUUCUUUGAUGAACUAAAUGUCAUUUAUAACGCUACAGCGCUAACUGGUACCGCCACCUACUGGACAGGUGUGCCAUAUAUUUCCUGCUGCUUUACUGGAGCUCAGGCUAACAAUGAAAGAACUAAACUGUGCCAAGACUGGACCACUGCAGUUUAUUCUUCUUUGUAUAAUCGCAAAAUACAUCAGUGUUAAAUACUUUCAUAUUUUUCUGGAUUUUGCUUACAUUACGUAAUUACUAUGGUAUUUAACAAUUUCCAUCGUAAGCACUUGUUAUCAACAACUCAUCUCUGUAACAUCAUUGUUUCACCGUCCACUGUUAUGUAAUAUUAGUCCUAAGUCUUUUUUUUUUUACAAAGUCACUUCUUUUGUAUCGGUGUUUAUUUUUAUUAAGAGGUGCUUGUUGAUCUUUAUUAACUAGUUUUUGCUGAAAAGCUUCUUAGGUUAUCAGACGAGUAUAUAUUUAUAUUUUCUUCUUAUGACCAAAAGAUUUUCCCAAACAGUAUAUAAAACUUUCAUCUAAGAUUUUAAUUGAAAAUGGCUCUGAUUUUUUAAAACUUUAUUGGCCUGACUAGAACAAAUUUGUGUUUUCUUAGUUUUUGAUUCUGUUUAGCUUUAUUUUUAAGCGGCGCCCUCUAACGAUAGCUGGUUUAAAUGCUGGCAUGCUAUUAUGUACUGAAGAACUGAAAAGGUAUGUGUUGUAAUACUCUUAACAUUAUCAGUGAAGGUUAAUUAUUUUAACACCAUCCAAGUGCUUCUGCAUUGAACGAAACUUUAGUAUGAGUCAAAUAAGAUUUUUUACCACUUCAUAUAUCAACAGAAAAUACAAUAAUAACGACAUUUAGCUUUAGAAACUCGUCAAUGCCGUUUCUCUUUAGUAUGUUGAAAAAAACUGUCCAUUUUAUGUUGUAAAAUGUAUUGAGAUGUCCAAUGGGUAAAUAGAGUCUAGUAACAGGUGUCAGUUCAUGCGAGAAUCUUUAUAGUUUGAUGUUUCUAUGACUCUGUUCCAUUACAAGUUAUUUUUCUAUAUGUUUAAACUUGAAGUUAUGAUUUAAAACUUGGACCCCAGAAGAUUAACAUAGCUAUAGAGUAAACGAACUUUGAAAAUAUAUAGAGAAAAGCUACAUCGGCGACCAAGAGGAAUGGCUAAUUAAUCACCUAUCAAAACUUGAUUCACAAACGUAAUGUUUCAUCCGACCUAUAAUAACAUUUUGCUAAAUACAAAAUCUUGAUGAAGUAGAUUUGGUUCUGAGCUAUAUUGCUUCUUUGUUAAUAAACUGACACAAUUUUUGAUUAUUUAUCAAAUAAUAACUAAAACUUGUAGAUAAAUUUAGUUUUGUGAGAAUAUUUGUGACUUAGUUAAUUGGAGGAGUUGUGGUAUUCUCGGAGGCACUGAUGUCCUAAAAGUUAAUAACAGUGCCGCAGUAGCUUGAAGAAUGUCAGGAAAUGCAUCACAGAAUUAAAUCGGAAUUCCCUGACUGAGUUUAAAGAAAGAGACCAGACACACAAUAAAAACAAAAUUAAAAUUAAUCUUUUUCGAAAACCAAAGUGAAGAGUGCACAGGUGGAAUAGAAUGCGCUUUAUUAGCUUGAGACUUGUAGCUUGUUGAUUUGAUUUUACUUUUAGUAACUUUUCUUCCAGACUAAGGGAGCAUAGUAUUACAUAAAAGAUUGUGAUGCCAUCCCUCUCAGUGCGUAUGCGUUACUGACGACCAUUCCAAUAACAAAAUAAGGAGGGUAUGUCUUCAAGGUAUUAACUUACCCAUCAAAAUCACUGUCCACCUUUACAUAUUAUGUUCUACUAUGUAGCAAUAUUUUCUAUGAAAAACACACGUGAUACCAUAGAAAAAUUAUCUAGAACAGUAGUUAACUAGAGUGAAAGGAAUUUAGUCACUUUCUUUGACCAACCUUCUACUAUUAAAACUACACACACAGAGCUAAAAACGUGUAUGUUCGAAUAUUUUUUGAAAAUUCUUGAUAAAUAUGAAAUGAUCACCUUAAUAAACUUUGCAUAACACAUUGCAACAGCUAGUGGCACGAGGAGUGAAUGUGUAUGCUUGUGCUUAGGUAAAGCUUGACCUUACUAUAUUGGACUAAUUUUUUCAAAAAUAUUGUUUUGUUUUUUUUCACAUAAAGUAGUGUUAACUUUCAGAUAUACAUAUGUGUAAAGGUCAAUAUGAGAGUUUUUGGUAGUUAAAUACACUGAUUCUCCACUGUAAUAAUUAUGUGAUAGCUUAGAUGAUACAAGAUAUUAGUUGUAGAUGUGGAGCGUAAAGAAUAAAAAAAUUGCAAAACUAAUUAACAUUACAUGCAGAAGAUAUGAUAAUUUCAACUAACCAAAAGCUAGAAUAACUAAAUCGUCUUCGAGGAACUGGACCUCCAUUAAAUUCAAGUUUGAUUCUGCCAGUGGGAAAUCUACAUAACAAGCAGAGUUAGACGCUAAAAUGAAGUUACUAUAACAAAGAUAAAAUGUUAAAGUGAAGAAAAAAAACGUUAUAUCUCAUCGAAAUUUUUAUUGAGAUAAAGCUUAAGACGAUUUGGCUUAUAUGCUAUGAAAAGAACGCAAUUGCGAUUAUAGUUCAUGAAUAGUAUACUUCGAAUAAUAAUUUUUGUAUUAGUGUUAGACUUGAUUUAUGUUUUAAAGGUACGAACUUGUUUUGUGUUUACUCUCAUUAGACUGAUUGGCUGGUCUGAUAUUUUUAAAAUCUGGUACUUUUAGUCUUAUUUCGUGUACAUUUAAAAACUUUUAAAAGAAUGAAAACAGCACUACGUUAAAGUUAACUCCAAAUUUUUAGAAUUAGAAGUGCUGAUUGUAAUAUUAUUAAUACAGUAAAUAAUUAAGUUAUUCAAAUGUUCACGUCUUGUAUUACGUGAGUAGUAGAUUUAUUUAAGUUUUUAUAGAUGGGAGAAUAUUAAUUAAGGACACUAUUACAGGACACUAUAAGAACUCGAUCUUUUUAUUGACACGUUUCUAAACGUAGCGAUAUAUUACGAGUAGGUUGAAAACAAUAACAAAAAACAUUCCC